GGCGGCGUCCAGGAGAGACAUAAGGGUGUGUUGAAGACAAGCGAUUGUCGUUGUUGUUUAUCGCUGAAAUAUUUAACAUCGCCUCACAACACAUUUGGAUGUAAAACAGCUGCUUAACAUGGGAACCGUACACGCGAGGAGUCUCGACCCCCUCCCCAUGCAAGGACCAGAGCUAGGAGUUCAGGCUGAUGACAUGGAGCUGGGAGUACCAGAGCAGGAUGAGCAACAGGAAGUUCUGGAAAACAAAGAUGUUGUCGUCCAGCGUGUGCAUGUAGACGGACUAGCAAGAACCAAGGAGGACAUACUGACAUAUGAAAUUGCUGAUGUGUUCCAUGCCAAGAACUUGAUUGAUGUUAUGAAGAGAUCUCACGAGGCCAGGCUCAAACUGUUGCGCCUGGGAAUAUUUCGACAGGUAGAGGUUGUGAUCGAUACCUCACAAGGUACAGAUGCAUUGCCUAAUGGGCUGGAUGUGACGUUUGAGGUGACUGAACUGAGGAGAAUGACUGGAAGUUACAACACCAUGGUGGGGAAUAAUGAGGGAAGCAUGGUGCUGGGUCUCAAGCUCCCCAAUGUUUUUGGCCGUGCCGAAAAACUGACCUUCCAGUUCUCCUACGGUACCAAGGAGACUUCUUACGGCCUGUCGUUUUUCAAACCUCAGGCCGGACACUUCGAACGCAAUUUCUCCAUUAAUUUGUACAAAGUGACUGGGCAGUUUCCAUGGAGCUCACUCAGGGAGACAGACAGAGGCAUCUCUACAGAGCUGAGUUUUCCGAUCUGGAAAACAAACCACACCCUGAAGUGGGAAGGUGUAUGGAGAGAGCUGGGCUGUCUGGCAUGAACUGCUUCCUUUGCCGUUCGAGAGGAGAGUGGGCACUCCCUCAAAUCCUCCCUCUCGCAUGCCAUGGUCAUCGACACACGGAACUCUGCUAUCCUCCCGAAAAAAGGUGCCUUACUGAAGAUCAACCAGGAAUUGGCUGGCUACACGGGGGGAGAUGCUAGCUUUUUGAAGGAGGACUUUGAGAUUCAGUUCAACAAGCGUCUUUUCUGGGAUUCUGUCCUGUCUGCCUCUCUCUGGGGUGGUCUGAUCCUGCCCAUCGGAGACAAACCCACAUCCAUUGCUGACAGGUUCUAUCUGGGCGGGCCCACCAGUGUCAGGGGUUUUAGCAUGUACAGCAUUGGCCCUCAGAGUGAGGGGGAUUAUCUUGGUGGAGAAGCAUACUGGGCUGGGGGUCUCCAUAUGUACACCCCUCUCCCGUUCCGUCCAGGCCGAGGGGGCUUUGGAGACCUCUUCAGGACACACUUCUUCCUCAACGCCGGCAACCUGUGUAAUCUCAACUACGGAGAGGGACCGCAGGCCCACCUGAAGCGGCUGGCAGAGUGUAUCCGCUGGUCUUAUGGCGCAGGUAUUGUGCUGCGUUUGGGAAACAUUGCUCGACUGGAACUCAAUUACUGCAUCCCCAUGGGUGUACAGAGUGGGGACAGGAUAUGUGAUGGUGUGCAGUUUGGAGCAGGUAUCCGUUUUCUGUGAGUCCAACAGUGUUUGACGUUGGGAGAAAGACAAGUUUUUUUGUUUUUCUUUUUAUGUGUGACAAUGAGUGUUAGGCCCCAGAUGGGAUUCAUAGCAUUGUGUAAAACCAGACCAGUUUUACAGAUGAAGUUCCGGAACAGUCUUGUCUAGUCCCUGGCCACGUCACCCCCAGAGAGAGUUAAUCUCAUUUGUUGACAUAUUUAUUUGUCUGAAAGUGUUGGACCCAAUAAAAGACAUUGACAUUU